AUGGCUCGACCGCCGGCCAAGUCUGGUGGCUCAAGGGCUUGGUCUUGGAUCUUGCUUCCACUCCUUGCCGCUGUGGUCAUACUUGGCCUCCUGAACAAAAACCAGCGUCACUCUUUGUCGUCCCAGUCUUCUACUUCUUCGAAUGGCCUACUCACACAUCGACAUCAACUUGAUGCCGAUUUGCUGCCGGUCCGUACCCACAACGGUCCCUCCCCCUCCCUUGGCAAUGUCAGUCAUCUCCAUGCCUUCCAAAAAAGGGACGACUACACGUGCACCAAAGAAAAGCCUUGCAAGAAUGGCGCCUGCUGCGGUUCCUUCUUUGGCGGAGACCAGGGCGUCUGCGGCUACGGUGAGACUUUCUGCGGCAGCGACUGCGUGUCCAACUGCGACGCCCACGCCGAGUGUGGGCAGUACGCCCAACCAGCCGGCAAGGAAUGCCCGCUCAAGGUUUGCUGCAGUAAGUUUGGCUUCUGCGGCAGCACCGAGGAGUACUGCACAGGUGGCUGCGAGUCCAACUGCGUGGUCAACCCGCCAAUCCCCGCCGGCGGAAGCGCCAUCCCCGUGCUGGAGAACAAGGUGAUCGGGUACUAUGAGGCCUGGUCAGCCCGAAGAUCGUGCCACUCGUUCCCGCCCGCAGGCCUCCCCGUUGAGGGCCUCACGCACGUCAACUUUGCCUUUGCCUACAUCGACCCAGACUCGCUCGAGAUCACCACCAUGGAUUCAGAGACGGACGCCGGGCUGUUCGCGCAAGUGACGGACAUCAAGAACUCCAACGCGCUGGGCUCAGACCUGCAGGUCUUUGUGGCCAUUGGCGGCUGGACCUUUUCAGACAACGACACCGCAACCCAGCCCGUCUUCCCGGACAUUGCCGCCAGCGAAGAGAAGAGCAAGAAGUUCGCAAACAACCUGGUCAAGUUCAUGACGCGCUACGGCUUUGACGGCGUCGACCUGGACUGGGAAUAUCCCGGCGCGCCAGACCGCGGCGGCAACGAGGAAGACGAUCGACAAGGCUAUGUCUCAAUGCUCAAGAUCCUGCGGGAGACCUUCCUGGCCUCGGCGCGGGGCAACUACGGCCUGACCUUCACCAUUCCGACGUCUUACUGGUAUCUGCGCUGGUUUGACGUGCCCGGCCUGCUGGAGUAUGCCGACUGGAUCAACAUGAUGUCGUACGAUCUGCACGGCGUCUGGGACGAGCACAACCCCAUUGGCAACAUUGUGCAGGCACACACCAACCUGACAGAGAUCAAGCUGGCCGCCGACCUCCUGUGGCGCAACAACGUCGAGCCAGGCAAAGUGGUGCUUGGCGUGGGUUUCUACGGCCGCUCGUUCCAGCUUAAAGACACCAGCUGCAAGACGCCCGGAUGUGCGUUUAGCGGCGCGGCCGACAAGGGACCGUGUACCAACUCGGCCGGCACGCUCGGCUACUUUGAGAUCAUGGACAUCAUCGCCGACCAGGACCCGGAGGUGGUGCACGACAAAGAGGCCGCAGCCAAGUACAUUGUGUUUGGCGACAAGAAGGACCAGUGGGUCAGCUUCGACGAUGCCGACACGCUGCAGGCCAAGGUAGAAUGGGCGGACAGCGUGGGGCUGGGCGGCGUCAUGAUCUGGGCAGUCGACCUUGACGACAACGACUUCUCGGCGCUGUCGGGCCUGACGGGCCAGAGCCUGGCGUCCUUCGAGCUCAACCUGAAGCGGACGGCGACGGCCGAGACGGCGCACUGGUCGACGGUCAACGGCCAACAGUGCAUCAUAAGCGACUGUCUGGAAAAGCCUGACGUCCCGGCCGGCUACGCCAUCGCGCCCAACGGCAAGUUCCGGGACAAGUGUUGGUGGAGCAGCCCCGUGACGGGCAAUGUGCCGCUGCACAAGUACAUCUACUGCCCCGUCAACGCAAUGCCGCAGUCGUGCGAGUGGCGCGGGUCAGGAUCCUGCCACGGGCAGUGCCACGAGGGCGAAGUCACCGUCACCCACUCCCCGCACGGCAGCGAGUCCUGUCUCGCGCCGGGCCAGCAGGCCUUUUGCUGCAAGAGCAACACAUGGAGCGCCCUGGUCGACAAGUGCGACUGGGCCACCAAGUGCGAGGAAUGCCCGUCGGACGCGCCUCACGAGGUCAGCAGCCGAUCCGUGUAUAAGAGCUUCCUGUCGUCGUGCACGCAGCGCUUCUGCUGCCCCUAUGCCUUUGAGAACUGCCACUGGAUCGGCAAGGGCACGUGCGAUGACAACGAGUGCUCGGCCACGGACGUCGAGGUCGGGCUGGACCCCAGCGGUGACACGGGUUCACUAUGCGCCAGCGGCUUCAACUCGCGUCAAAAGGUGCUGUGCUGCAACUCGCCGUCGGACCUGAACCCGUUUCUGCCGGCGUCGUUGGAGGACUUGUUCCCGACCCUGCCGCCGGUUGAGGGCUACAUGCCGGCCUUUGACCAGGAUAUCUUGUCCUACAACUCCACCCCGGGGCCCCAGGCCUUCUUCUCCGUCGUCGUGGACGGACCCAAGGGCACUGUAUCCAAUGUCGACAAGCGUGAUGGGAGCCACCUCGAGUUCCUGACACGGGGGAACGAUACGGAGCUGGAGGCAGGCCAGACUCAUGUGACCCAUCUGGUAUGUAUGGAGGACAAUCCGGCCAUCAGCAACUGCGAUGACAUGCACGAGGGCGGACUUGAGGGCACCAUCCUCAAAAUGCCAGCGGGAUUGGGCUUCGCCAAGUAUGUCGUCGCCCACUCACUCCAUGAGACAAACUACUCGCUGCCUGGUCACGUGGUCAAGCGAGCGCCGCAAGGGGCCCGCAUCUGGGAGCUCGCGUACAGCUACGACUUCAGCCGGGUCAAGAAGCGUGAUGAUGGCGACGUCUACUUCCGUGUCGACUAUGCCAGCACCAACAAGUACUACACGGACAUUGUGCAGGCCAAGCACCAGAGGAGGGAUCUGCAGCCGCGCUUCUGGAGCAAGAUCAGCUCCGUGUGGAAGACCAUCAUGGACAACAUCCGCGGCAAGGACAGCGACGACAACGGCAAGACGGGCUCGACCUCGAUCAGCAAAAACGACUUCUCCGUGCUCAUCGUCGGCGAUGACGGGUCCGACAAGGGUUGCGACGGGUCCGGCUUCCUGAAGCUGACGCUGGCCGGGUCCAUGAGGAACGAGAUGGACUUUGGCUUCACCCUGGUCGGCACGAUCCAGCCUUACAAACUCGAGGAGGCCUUUGGCUACUUCGACUCGGACAUGUUCAUGUCGGCUCAGCUCGACUUUGACGGCCGUGGCGAGCUGGACGUGAGCACGGGCGCGAGCAAGAAGCUGUUCGCCAGCCCCAUCACCGGCUACGAGGCCUCGCAGCCGGGCUUUGUAUCCUUUAAGCCACAACUCAACGCCGAGGUCUCCCUCGUCGGUAAGGGCGAGAUCGACGCCAAGUUCUCCGUCAGCUUUGAGUCGGGCACGUCCAGCACGGCCAAGACCAAUGCACCUCCGGGCCUGGGCACUUUUGGCGGUGGCAUCUUGACCAACAUUGUCAAUAAUGCCGCCGAUGGGGCCGUCUCAGUGGGCUCCUCCUCCUCUUCUUCUUCCAAGAGGGCCGCCACCUCGGACAGCGUGUUCGCCCUGAAUGUGAUCCUUGAGGCCGUUAUGGAGCUCAAGGUAUUUGGCUACUCCACGCCGCUGCAGGAGGCCGGUGCCAACUUCCAGGCCCUCGUCCCUCAUGCUAUCCGUAUCGACGCCAACAGUGGCGACGUUAUCGACGCCCACCAGGGCGGCCUUCUGGGCGUACUCCAAACCGGCAGCCUGAUCCAGGACGGCUGGGAGGACGGCACCUCACACACGUUCGGAUCUGUGCCGAGUCCCCGCGUCGUUCUUACGGGAGGCGAUACCCCUGAGGACCGCGACGCGCCUGAGAUCAACGGCUACGCCCUCUUCGGCGCCAAUCAAUUCAUGAACUGCGGCAGCGGCGGCGGCAACAACACCGGCGAACUGGUGUGCUUCUACGACCUCGUGGCCUAUGACGACGAGCUGGUGCAGCCCGACCCGCCCUACAAACUCAAGCGCGAGUACCUCGAGCCCCUCAGCGAGCAGGAGCUCCAACGUCUCGAGCCUCGCGCCGGCCCCUCGGACGGCAACGCGCAGAACUACCCUGCGUAUGAAUACCCCGCCAACCCCAACGGGCCCACCAACGCAGUCAACUUUCGCACGCCCACCUAUCCUAACGGCGACGACGGCGACGCGCUCGACGACGAGACGGGCCGCAACGAGCGCUGGGCACGCGCUAACCCGGGCAACUGCGUCGACACCAGCGUCACCCAGAACGGCGUGCAAGGCGUGCACUGGACACACGUGCAGUCCGAGCACCCCGACGACCGCUCUAUCACGCCCAACCACUUUCUCAACUUCGUGCAGAGCGGCACGCUCGACCUCGCCGACGGCAACGGCGGCACCUUCACCACACAGCUGCCACUCUUCACCUGGAACGAAGUUUACAAUAACUUCUUCCACGACUACCGCACUUGGGUGCCCGCCACCGUCAACGUCCCCAUCCCCGCCGGCUCCGGCGCCGACGACAUGGCCGACGCCCUCGGCUCGACCGGCAACCCCACCGUCAUGUACAACCUGGAGGAGAACCUCAACGUCAUCAAGGGCCGCAUCUACACCACCGAGGGCAACCCCAUCUCGGACGACCGCAUGCGUACCCUGAUGCAGAACCCUACCCAGCAGAGCGCCGAGACCGUCCUCUCGGUCCUAGCCUCCACCAUUGCCGUCUUCAACGUCAUGAACAGCGCCCAAGUGUCGGGCCUGCGCACCCAGGUCAACGACGGGCGCGCCGCCGCCGCCGGCCAGUUCGACACCAUGUUCGCUGCCACAUUUCCCAACAAUCCCGCCCGCAUGCGUCCGCUGCUGGCUGAGUUUAUCACCCAGUGGAACAUUCGCGCCACCAACUUUGCGCGCCGGGCCGUUGACGUGAGGCUGAAUGAGCUGCAGAAUGCAUAUGGCCCACUGGCUGCGAAUCCGGCGAAUCCGGCGAGACAGGCUAUGGCGCUGAAUGUGCUUAAUCAGGUGGCUACGCUGAGAGCGCUCGCUACAGGACAGAUCACUUUGUAA